AUGGCAUCCCAAAUUCAAUCUGUCCAAAAAUGGAAAUUUGAUGUAUUCUUUAAUUUUAGAUUGCAAGACUUGGGCACAAGCUUUGUUGCUGAACUUCACGAACAUCUGAAAGACAUGGGAAUCAACGUAUUCAGACCCGAUAUCAAGUAUGAAAGAGUAGAACAAAUUUCAACAAAAACCUUAGAAGCCAUCGAGGAGUCAAGGAUUGCCAUUACCAUCUUUUCCAAGGACUAUACUUCAUCCCGACGGUGCUUGGAAGAACUCACUAAGAUCAUGGAGUGCGUUGACAACAAGGGACAGGAAUUCUGCUUUGUCUUCUAUAAAGUUGAUCCAUCAGAUUACUUGUGGUCAACAGUCACUAUUGAGGAAGAUCUAAAGGGUUUUGAUUUGGAGAAGGUGCAGAGGUGGCAGGAUUAA